CGAGUUUUACUAAAGGUCGUAAAUUUUGCCGUAGACGUAGACGUAAACGUAGACUUUACGACUGAAUUUACGUGUGCGUAGAUAGCGUUUUACUAAAGGUCGUAUCUGCGCCCGUAACCGUAGAUCCUGACGUAACUUUCCACGUAGUUUACGACUGGAACUCUUCUAAAAAGAGGUUGUAAAGUGCAUUAGCAACGGAUGCUGCGCAUGCCCAAUGCUACUUCCGCGAUCGUCUGCAACAAUCAUUACAAUGGAGAAAACUGAGAAAAAGCCACGUAAACAGACAGACCUCGAAAUGGAGGUAUUGGUCGAGGCUUACGCCUCAUCAGUAAAAGUAAUCCGUGGCAAGCUCUCUCCCGGGCUUACCACGGAUUCUAAGAAAAAAGCCUGGGAGGCGAUUACUACCAAGGUGAAUUCUGUGUCGAUAGGCUGUUCCAGAACAACAGAUGAAACGAAGAAAACGGUUCAGGAUGUCCAAUCAUCAAUCAAAAAGAAGGAAGCCUUCAGAAAGAGAGAGGCGAUGAAAACCGGGGGAGGGCCUCUCACUGAGGUGCAAUUGAAACCUUGGGAGUUGGUUCUGCUUAGCACAAUUCCAAGGGAGGCGAUACAUGGUAUCGAGGAUGGAAUAGACACAGGGAACAGGAAAGACAAAACCAGAGAGAUGCAAUACUGUCCUGGAGAGAUGGGGGAUAGCUGUCCCAAAGAAUCUAAGGAAAAUAUAUCAGAAUCUGUGAUAAACAUCAUUCCUGACCCAGUGCAGGAGGCAGCUGACCAAACAUCAGAGAGUUUGAAGAAAGUGUCAACAAAGGAAAAGAGUCAAGAUUCUAGCAGGAGAAAAGUUGAGCAAAAUGGGAUGGAAGAGUUGAUAAGAAUGAAGAGGAGAAAGUUGGAAUUAGAGGAAAGACAAGUUUUAGCUCUAGAGAAAAUUGCAAACACUCUUGAAAGACUUCAGGACCAUCAAGCGUCUCCAUCAGAGUUCUCUCUCUCUCCCGUCAUUAAGUUUUAAAUAAUCGCUACUUUUGAUGAUCAAAUAUUUAUAGACUUUUGCCUCAAAGGCUUAUUAUCUCUACCAAAGACUGAAAGAGUACUAGUAUUUAUUGUAUGUGUUCACUUGAAUGUGGUAUUACUAUAAACAUGAAAUUUACUGUUUAAAUUUUCAAAAAAAAAAAAACAAACAUUUUUUUUUAUUUCUGUUUUGUGGUA